AUGACCACGGCCGCCGUCCCUCGUCACCUGAUCGCCUGCAAUGGCUGCCCCGACGCGACGCUGGAUCUGUGUGCGUCCUGCGCCAUCUCGGGGCGCUGGAACAAAUCGCGCGGUCCGUUCAAGGUGCAGAUCAAGCCGCCCGCCGUGGCCCGGGCAUUUCGUGCGGUGCAAGGCGGCCCCGGUCGUCGGGCCCCGGUUCCAGUCGACGAAGUCCCCGGCCACGAGUUUUUGCAAAUCGUGCCACGACUCGGGCAACUACACGACGACGACGAGUACCAGCAUCACGGCUACAACAGCGACGACGCCCAUGACGACAGCGGUGCUGAAGAGGACAAUGGCUACGAGCACGACGACGACGACGACCAUCACGGCUUCAACGAAGACUCGGACGACGACGAUGAAUAG